AUGGGGCCAGGGUUAGAAAUUGCUUCUAUUUCUGAUGUUCCAGCAGGUACAGGAUUAAGUUCUUCAAGUGCUUUUACAGUGGGACUCCUUCAUGCUUUAUAUCGCUAUAAUCUUCAAAGCAUAAACCCAAGACAAUUAGCUGAAGAAGCCUGUAAUAUUGAAAUUCAUACUUUGAAUUCACCUAUUGGAAAACAAGAUCAAUAUGCUGCUUCGUUUGGAGGAUUCAACGUCUUUCGUUUUCAAAAAGGAAAAAAGGUAGAAGUCAUCCCUCUGAAACUUUCUUCUUCAACAAGACAAAAUUUAAAACAACAUUUGAGGCUUUAUUUUCUAGGUAGUACAAGAUCUACAAAUACUUUACUUAAAAGACAAAAUAGUCUCAAAAAUAGAAAGAAGAAAGUUAUUCUUCUAAAGAAGAUGGUUGAACAAGUUGACAUAUUGAGAAAAGAUCUAGAAUCUAAUGAAACUAAUACUAUAGGACCUUUAUUACACGAGACUUGGAUAAGAAAAAAAGAAUUAGAUCAAUCAAUUAGUAAUUCUACUAUUGAUGAGAUAUAUAAUAAAGCUUUAUCUUAUGGUGCCUCUGGGGGGAAGUUACUAGGCGCAGGAGGAGGAGGGUUUUUUCUUUUAGUACAUAAUGACCAUGAUUACCUUGAGAAAAAACUUGGAUUAAAAACCCUUACAUUUGAUUUUGAUCUCAAGGGCUCUCAGUUAACGAAUUUUUAA